CAAGGGAAUUUCAUCUUGGCCGUCCAUCCUGAUCAUCACCUCAUCUCAGCCGUCUAGCCCGUCUCCACCUGUCAGCCCUGAGCUUGAGCGACUCGUGCUGCUUCGUCUGUCCGCCAGGCGCUGCUGCUUCUUCUGCUGCAGCGAAUGGCGAAGAAGAAGAGCAAGCGUGCUGCAGCGCCCGCAGAUGCUGCCAAG